AUGACUGUUGCUAUGCUCACUCGCUUGUUCACAUGUGAAAUUUUAAUACCAGAUCAGAACAAAGAAAAUGGUAAACUGUUCACUGCUGUGGAAUACCUACAGUCUGCCGACGACACCGACAACCCAGCGGCUUUAACUUAUCAAGAUAACAAGACACCGGACACAGGAUCGGCAACCAAAGAUUGUCUUCAGUCGCUAAGGUCAUGCGAGACACAAAGAGGAAUAUGCCGUGUUGAUUUGGAAAUUUUCAAGCAGUUUUGUGGAGAUUGGAGGAAUGAGCGUGAAUUGAAUGGCUGGAAAGUUUGUAUUUUGAACCCUGUCUUUGUAUCUCGAUUCUGUCUGUCUAGUCUUGUGCAACCUGGCAGUAUCCAAUCCUUUGUGCUCCCUUCGGGUAGCGCUGCAACUAGGCACCGAAAGGAACGCAGUCUUCUUGGUUGUCACAAACAAUUUGUAAAGGAAUGUCGCUCAGCAUUAAAGACCGUGAAUCAUGGCAGACCCAACCUGCGUCACUGCACUUGUGAUGGACAGGUCAGUCGUUCUAUUGAGGACUUGUCCAAGUGCAAUUUACUCAGGCGUAACUUAAACAGCCAUCCGUGUAUACAGGAACCACCCCUAUUGUACCGAGAGAUUACAAACUUCAACUUAAAUGUGGAGCAUCGGCUUAAAGAUUCAGCCGAGAAGAGAGACAGCGCCACACCCAUUGAACAGACAUCCACUCAGGAAUCUAGUGAACUGUUUUCUGGGGCAAAUGCGGCGCCUCAGACUACCACGAAUUCCUCCCAUCCUGGUGCUGGUUCUUCAGAGGAAAAUUUUGAACCCCCGGUUGUCGGUUAUUCUGAACAAAUAGCUACCCAAGAGCCAAGCAAAAUUACAGUGGACAACCAGACUGUUUCGCAAGGCAUGGAAGAAGGGUCGGAGAACGCCAAUUUAACUUUGUCCUCAAUGGCUAACAUGACUAGUUGCCUUGUUUUGCUAGAACAGUGCACCAACCAGCCCUCGUGUGCUAGGACUUUGAAUCGGUACAGGGCAUUGUGCACACCAAGAUCUUGCAAUAAACUCAGAUCACAGUGCCUAUUGGCACACCGAGCAAUCGAACGUUAUGGGACACAUGGGAAUUGUUCAUGCGAUACGGAAGGCGACCAAGUGCGUAAACGGCGUUGUUUGGACUAUGAGCAGAGUGUGAUUUUGAAUCAGUGUGUGGCCUUAGCAACUGAAGAAACGACUGAUUCAAAAUCGACGCAGGACUUCUCUUCAAUGGAGCUCCCAAAGUUGUUUGGGACGCAGGUGGAAUCUCAGCAACAAGGCACUUCUUUGCAAAACCAACAAUAUUUCAAGGCCGUUGCAACCAGUCCAGGCUGGCCUACAUCGUCGUCUAAUCCAGGAGGUGCUACAACUAACGUCACAAAUUGUUACGAUGCGUAUCGUCUUUGUAUCCAAGAUCGAAAAUGUCUUCAAAUCUAUCUUCAACUAGCGACCACUUGUUCGAACGCAGGCACUUAUUUUCUCUCACCAACGCCAACUUGCAGCAGUCGUUUAAAGGACUUCUACUCCCAAGCUACUGCAUAUGUACACCAGGCGUUGAGUUGUACCUGCACUGAGAGUGAUCACGAUUGUCAGACACAACUCAUGGUAUUCCGACCUCAGCGUAUCGGACUUGACCAAACUAAUUACGAAGAUUCUUGCAAUGCACUAUGGAACAAUUGCCAAGAAAAUAGGAACUGCAGAGCCAAUAUUAAGUAUCUACUGCUGGACUGCGGGCGCAACGGUGCAGCCUGUUCGGUAUAUCCAGAAAAGUGCAUUGAGGCAUAUCGUUGGUGGCGUUCCAUGGACCCUUUGUCCAACUGCCGCUGCAUGGAGACUGAGCUAUUCAGGCUUACCUCCAACGAAGGGUUGCAUUCAUUUACAUGUGACACCCUGAAACAGUCUGUGAUCAAGCCACCGUGU